CCCGAGCCGUCGCCGUACAAGCCAACCGAGUGGAAGCCCGAGCCGUACAAGCCUGAGCCGUCGCCUUACAAGCCUACCGAGUACAAGCCUUCGCCUUACCAACCCGUGGAGACCAAGCCGGCAACUUACCCCACCGAGUCCAAGCCGUCGCCCUACUCCCCUGUGACCCCCACCACCAUCGUCCCAGUGCCAGCUUCCCCUACCGCUCCUCCAGCGUACAGCUCUCCCACCUGGGGAACCACCUACAACGCGACCACUCCGACUGUGAGCCCCGUCAUCCCCUCUACUGGCGGUGCUUCGAAGCUCGGCGGGGGUAUUGUUGGCAUCGCAGUCGCUGCCAUCGCCUGCUUGGCCUUCUUUUAAUCGCCCACAAUCACGAACCAUUGGCGGUCUUGCUGCAGCAGCGACCUGCCGCAGUAACGUACGGGGUGGGAUGGGAUAGACGGAACUAGAGGAACCUAUACAAUCCUAGAGAUGGAUAUCGCAAUAAUGGUAGUGUUGAACGUUUUUACAUAAGGUAGACUUAUCUAUCAUGGUCUUUGAAGAAUCAACAACCCUCCUUUGA